AUGUCUACAGCAGAGAUAAUCGACGACAAGAGUCCUAUAUGUAUACCAUUUAUACUCGAACGGUAUAAGCAAUAUAGUGCCUCUAACCCUACUCGGCCCUUUAUCAUCGGACUGAAUGGCGUGCAAGGCGCUGGUAAAACAACUCUAGUAAAGGCCCUUGCCUCAAAGCUACAGAAUGACGAAGGCCUCCAAACGCUAGUCUGCAGCAUUGAUGAUUUCUACUUGCGGCACGAAGAUCAAAAGGCGCUGGCAGAGUCUCACCCGGACAAUUUGUUAGUCCAAGUCCGAGGCGAGCCAGGUACACAUGACAUGAACUUAGCUCAAAAUUUCUUCACGGCUUUAUGUAAGGGUCAGCCGGUUAAGAUUCCUCAAUAUGACAAGUCGGCCUAUUCGGGUCAAGGCGACAGGGUCCCAGAAUCGCAAUGGGAGACGAUCAACGGCCCGGGUCAACCCAAGAUUCAAGUGGUCAUCUUCGAGGGCUGGUGUGUUGGCUUUCGGCAUUUGAGUCCUGUAGAGGUCUCACUUAAGUGGAAUUCGCCAAGCAGGACGCUACACCGACACCCUUUAGAACACCUAAACUUCAUCAACGAGCGUCUCCGGGACUACGAUGUCAUCACAGACACGUUCAAUGCAUUCAUCCACAUCGACGCUGAAGAUACCGAAUGGGUGUAUGACUGGAGGUUAGAGCAGGAAGCCAUGUUGCGGAGGGAGAGAGGGGCAGGUAUGACAAACGAGCAAGUUGUCAAGUUCGUCGAUGCCUAUUAUCCCGCGUACGAACUCUUUUCCGACAAGCUGAGAGAUGGGCUGUUCGCCAACAAACCCAGAUGUCAGUUGAGAUUAAUUGUCGGUAAAGACAGAAAAGUCAAGCAGACAGUCAUCGUUUGA